GCCACGACAAGACAUACUGGGUUGAUAUGAUGCUUUUAGAUUUUCUACACGAACCGUGAACGACUGUUUCCGACAUUAGAGAUAUUUCCAAUCUGGUCGGGAUGUUUUGGUAGUCAAAUACCAUCAUGGUUACGACAAGUUAGUUGGAGUCUUUCGUGUGUUUCAGACGGUUUUCAGUUUUACAUAAGGCGCGAGUGUAUAAGCACCAAUCAUGGGAACUGUGUUGUCAUUCUCGCCACGACCAAGAAAACCUCUUUAUGAAGACAUCAACUUGAAUAAUUUCAACUACGAAGUGCUGAAUAAUGCCAAGAACAGCCAGAAGGACAAGAACUUCAAACGACAUUCUAUAUUCCUCAGUGCUUUGAGUUGGAAGAAAUUUACGGUCAACACCAAAAAGAAAGAGAAAAAUUUGAUCAAGGUUUCGAACAGUGUGUAUCUGGGAGGAAAGUUUGAGAAAAUCGACAAUAAUUUUAAUGUCGAGAAUGUGAAUCUUAACAACAACAUUCAGAAAUCCAUCUCCUGUUAUAACCUGAAAACCGGACAAGAAGACCCGAUUCUGAACAAGACAAAAGUGGUCAAGAAGGUCGACAAAUGUGCCAGUCCCAAAAGAACUGUCAUCCAAGCUUCAACAUCAGAACUGUUGAAAUGUCUUGGAGAAUACCUCAAAAAGAAGUGCAAGAGAUUAAAGCAUUUCGAGGGCAGUGACCUGAUCAUAUGGUUGCGGUCUGUGGACCGGUCGCUUCUGUUGCAGGGUUGGCAGGACAUUGCGUUCAUCAACCCCGCCAACGUGGUGUUUGUCUUUCUCUUGGUACGAGAGAUCGUGUCCAGCGACGUGGAGUCGGAACACGACCUACAGGCAGCGGUCCUCACCUGUCUGUACCUGUCCUACUCUUACAUGGGUAACGAAAUCAGCUACCCCCUCAAACCGUUUCUGGUGGAGGAGGACAAGGAGCGGUUCUGGGACCGCACCAUACUCAUUGUGAAGAAGUUGAGUGCAGGGAUGUUGAAAAUUAACCGCGAUCCAGGAUUUUUUACCGAAAUAUUUACCGAACUGAAGAGCUAUUCGCCCUGUGUGUGAAUAUCUCUGUUAACCCCGAUGAAUGCAAGGAUGUAAAAUCGAUCAGCCAUUUUUUUUCGUUCGCUAUUCCCAGAACUUGGAUUGAAGACGGUUAAUUGAGUUGGAAAGAGAUGUUAUCGAUUAUUUGACGGUGGACGCAGUGGAAUUUUUGGUGCUGGAGAGACCUGAUGAAUGCUUUUGCAGUUUAGACAACACAAAGAGCUUCCUUUGACUGGGUGCUGUACGCACUAUAUAACAAACCCAAAACGAUCUUUCGUAAGGUAGUCUCACACAAAGGGCAUCUGACUGGUGAAAUUUCAAAUCUGUUAGAAAUACAACAGGCAAGAGAACAAUCAUCAUUCUAAUUUGGUUGUAUUUACAUGUGUGUAUAUAUAUUAUAUAUAUUUAUAAAAACUACUUCGCUGUAUUAAAUCAUGACUUUUAUUGGAAACAACAUUUUGUCGCGUAUGUACAUAUGUAAAUGGAUUAGACUUAACGUUUUCCCAUGUCUGAAUUCAGUGUGGAAAGUAUUGCCCAAAUUGUUGUUUUUGUGACUGACGUAUAGAUAACAUUUGAUAUAUAUUUUUCGUUUGAUGUUUUAGAUAAAAUCCACAGCGUUAUAAACUAUAAAAGUACAAAAUGUCUGAUCGGGUCGGUUUUAGAUUUUAAAUUGAUUUAGAUUCAGUUCAUUAUAAAAAUAUGUUUUGUGAUAGCGGUAAAAAUUUGAAAUUUAAUUUCGUUUUGACAGUUUUUAAUCAAAUAUUUGGUAUGUUACAUGACACUGCAAAAACCGAUACAUCUAAAUUGCGUGGCAUUUCCUUUGUUACUCUUUAAAUCAUUUGUUGAAGGUAAAACAGUGAAAUACUAACUAUUGGUAUUUGAUUAUUAAAUAGUUUUUACUUUUAGAAUUUACUCCAUACAGAUUCUGUUUGUUUCGUUUUAUUUUUGGUGGUACUUAUUUAUUUAUUUACUUACUUACUUGCUAACUUACGUACUUAUUUACUUACUUACUUACUUACUUAUUUAUUUACUUUGUGUCUUACUUUGUGUUUUGUAUUGUUGGGGUUUUUUUAAAUUUAGGUUUUUUUGUUUCUUUUGUUAACAAUCACUUAUAUAUAGUUAACUCGGACCCUACAGAAACUGGGCUACUAACUUAUAUAUUUGUGUAUUUAUCCUUUCAGGCGAUCCUCAUCAUACCUAUUCUCCCUUCUUCUUCAUCUUCAUUUCUAUAACAAUAUAAGAUAUAUACAAAGACGCCAUCUUCUUGAGGACUGUACAGACAAAUACAUACUAUAAUAUAUAUGUCCAUUUGUCUUUUUCGGUCUCUUUUUCUUUGUCUUUCCGUGGAUAGGUAUGCACGUGCGUGUGUAAGUUAGUGUAUGUUACGCGUGACAGUUUAAUGAAUUACAUGUAAACGUAUUUUCACGAGGUUUGAGAUGUAGGCAUUAUAAUGUACAUUAAAAUAUGUGUUGUAAAUGUGUAUUACAAAUGUGUAUUAUAGGAGAGAGAAAUAUAUGUAUCAUGAUUUUGUAUUAUUUGGUUAGAAUAAUUUUUGUAUUAUGUACUGAAAGUUGCUCAUAUGACGUUUUGUUGUUUUAAUCCAUACAAAAUUUUCUUUUGUUGAUAUUGCGCAGUACGAACGUUGAGUAUUUUAGUAACAAAUAUAUUAAGCUAUGUAAAUUAUUAUAUUUAUGUUUAAUUUUUUUUUUUAAAUAAUAGUGUAUACUUACAUUUAAAAAAAAGGUUUUAGAAUUAAGGUAAUAGUUCUUUUAAGUAAUAGGUUUUAACCUCAUUAAUAAAAGUUAAGACCUCUAAGAAUCUAUUGAUGAUGAUGAUGAUAAUAGUGUGGUGAUGAUGGUUAUCAUCACUCAUCAUCCCAUCAUCAUCAUUAUUAUUAUCAACAUCAUUAUUAUCAUUAUUUAUUUAUUUAUUUAUUUAUUUCUAUACAUCCUGUUGCAAUAAUCGUUGGUGGUAUGUAAAUCUAGUUUGUCAAGAUGUAUGGUGAGUUAUAUAGCCUAGAUGAAUGUUCAUAAUAUGACGCAAAUAGUUUGGUAUUAUAUGACUCAAAUCAUUUGAUAUUUUAUAACGCCGACAGUUUGGUAUUACAUGACGGACGAUACUUAUUGGUUUUUGUUAUACUCGUUUGGCAGUGUACAUUUGUUUUUAUAGUGGCUUUGUUUCUGUUGAGCCAAUAUAAUCACAUUUUAGUGGUUGAGCUUCUCUGGUUGACAGUAACUAAUAAUCGUGGCGUCAUUCGAAGGGUACGUAUUUUCUGAGAGACAUAAAUAACGCAAUGGGUAUUUAAUGGAAUAUUUUCUUAUUGAACUGUCAUAUUAUACACACACACACACACACACACACACACACACACACACACACACACACA